AUGUCAGCAGGGAAAGCUGCGAUUGAUUAUCGUGUAUUAAGAUUCAAAAAUAUAACAGACAUAGUCGUACCCCUAUUUAAACAAAAUCCUAUUUUAGGUGUCAAAUCUUUGGAUUUUGUUGACUGGUGUCUUCGAAGAGCAGCUGAAUUAAUUAAAUUAAAAGCUCAUUUAACUCCAGAGGGGUUAGAACAGAUUCGUAUAAUCAAGGCUGAUUUUAACAGGAAUAGAGAGUGGAAGGUUAAUAAAAUUAAAUCUUUAAGUCCCAGCUGAAAAACGUGUUCUUUAGAUAACCAGAGCGGGUCAGCAGGUGGGGGUACUAGCUCUUUUAGUAAUACCACUUUCUCUGUAAAUAAAAGAUAUUACUCUGCUUCUGGGGUACCCCAGCACACAACUAUAAAAAAUAGACUUUUCCAUACGGGUGGUAUUAAAGCUAAUCAAAUUAAAUUUAAUGUAGGGAGAACAGCAUUAAUAGACGGGCAAUUUAAACCCCUUCUUAGCCAAAAAGGUUUUUCUAAGUUAGAAAUUGUAACAUAUAUAAAUGAUAAAUACUUUUAUUUCAUAGAACAUACAUAUAAAUGGUCUAUUAAAGAAAAAGUCUUAAAAUCUGUCCUCUUCUUUACAUUUAAGUUGAUACUGUCUUUAAGUGUCGAAUAUAAUAUGGUUAAAUCUAGUUUAACCAACUUUAAAUCGAAAAUUAUUAUUAAAUUUUGAUUAAGCAUGUGAGUAGGAAUUUCAGAGGCCAUACGUUUGUUGUCAACAUCGCUACGCACAAAUAUAUCCAUUUAUUUAUAUUAUAUAGUAUACAAAUGUUUUUUAUCUACCCGCAAAAUUAGUCUCAAAUCUAAUACAGAAUCUAUUACACCUCGCUACGCGCUAAAUAUAAAGCAAACAGAACCAGGGAAAAUCCUGGCGCCCGGUACGCACGAUAAAAAGGAGGAUGAGCCAAGCCAUGAUAAAUUUGAUGAAUGA